CCGCGGCCUGUUUUCGUGCCCUGUGGACUCACAAUAAACGAAACGGAAAGAGAUAGGGGAUAUCAAAUUUGGCCGAACUGAGCCGCUCGUUGUCGCCGCCUGCUGACCCUUGUGUUUCGAACCGCAACUUCCCAAAAUCUCCUGAAACACACAGUAUUAUUCAUUGCCAGUUGUCGGCGUGUGGGUCUUCUAGAUUUUGGCUGCUCCUCGUUCGCUCCUAAUAUUAUUCAACCACCAACAGUCCGAGCAAGGCGUGCGUCACCACCGCGACUUCAACCCAUACAGCAGACCUUUCUCCUCUUUCUCACCUCAACCCACACCCGUACCUUCAUCCCACUACGAUCGAAUCCAAGAAAAUCGACAGGCUGUACGAACCUACCAGCUCCCGACAAGGAAUCCCCCCCUUCUUCAAGAUAGCCGUGGAGGGAUUCUACGAUAGAACAUCAUAACAAUGCUGAGAGGUAUGUGCCAUUUUUACCCCUCCCAUCAACGUGAACCCCCCCUUCAAAUAUCACCCCGCUUUAUAAUAGCUAUAGCAGCCUUGCUCCACUACCUUCCCACAUUUCUCCUCUUCUUCUCUCUUACCUUCCCCUCCCUUCCCCCUCCUUCCCCUGCCGAGAUCUCCCUCCCAUUUGAAAGUUCCACCACUACCCAAGCGAUACUUCCUUUGAAUUAUUUACAAAGUGACUUCGCAUUCCCGAUCAUUGUAAUGCUGACCGGAAUAGCAGCCAGGCUCCACCUUCACCCUCACCCCCCCCCAAACUCUCAAAACAAAUCACCCACGUCUCUACCAUGCUCAUAUCCUGUUUUGCACACCGUCUCUACCAGCAGCACUGAUGGAGCUUCCCGUACAAUCAGCCUCACACCCGAGGAGCCAACCCAACCGAUCGGUAGGAGUAGCAGAAAUAAAUCCAAGGGAUUGUUUGCCGCUAGGAAUAAUGGUUUUUUCGAGUCAGCCGUUAUGAGUCGUUCGCAUGCGGAGGUUCGGCUGCUCGUGCCGUCCCGAAAGAUAGUUAUUAAGGACAUGAAAUCGAUGCACGGCACCUACGUUAAUGGCCUUCAGCUUGCCGGAGAUGAAACUGCAGAGUUGACGGAUGGGACAGAGGUUACGUUUGGCUCAGAGGUCACCAGAGGUGACGAAAUUUUCCCUCCGAAAACAUUCCGGUGCGGGGUUGAGUGGGAAGAAAUACCCCUCCCGAAACCUGUGGCCGAACCCGAACCGGCAGCCGAAACGCCCAAGAGUCGGGGCGGUUACGGCAUAUGCGAGGAUCUUUUGAUAUCAGACUACGAAGUUUCUGAAGAAGAGGGAGAGGAAGAGGAGGGGGAUGACGAAUUAGACCCGAAGUUUCAUCGCUUGGAAGAAGAGAAAACUUCGGGAUCCGGGGUUUCUUCUACUCCUGGCACUAACUCUGCUGCUCCUGGGCCAGGACAAACUACCUUUGUUGGGGCAUCGACGUCAUAUAUGAUACCCGAUGAUGAGCUCCCCAUUAGUCAUGAACGCAGCACGAAGGAUAUGUCGGUCGAAUCAUUGACCCAAUCGAAGGACCGUGUGCUGCAACUGAAGAGAAAAAUUGAUGAGAUGACCGGCUCGGGAGAGAGAGAUGUGGUUGAGGUCAAUGCCGAACUGGUAGAUAUCGAGAUCUGCGAUGUGCCUGCUCGGCCCGGGGUCACCAUCGGAAGCUUGAUGAACCAGGCUCAGGAAUCCUCCGUCUCUCGGAAUGAUAAGAGUAAGGACGUUACGAACGAAUCGGGGGGUUCGAAUAUGCCUGAAUGUCUUGUGAUCGAUGACGAGGAAAGUGAUCUCGAAAUUAUCCCGGAAGAAGCCUUCAAGCGUUACCAUCACACCUCUAGAACGCGGGAGCAUGCUCAGAACGAUGAAAUUGAGAAUUCGGACAUGGACGAGUCGGACGAUGAGGAUACCAGCUGUCGUGCUCGUGUUCGUAGUCGUCGGUUCAAUUAUGUAUCGUCUGAUGAGUCUGAGAAUGAGGACGAGGACGAGGACGACGAGGAGGAUGACGAGGAUUUAGAGGAGGAAGAGCAAGAUGGGGAAGAUGGGGGCCAGCACGAGAACGCUGUAGGGGAACACACCGGGAAGGCUUCCACGGCAAACGAUACUGUGGAUGUCACUAUGGUAGCUGAUAAUCUCUAUUCGCCGAAUGCCCCAACGCCAGUGCCCCCCCCGGAGGUCCUGAGCUCAAAACCCCAAGUUGUGGCUGCACCUUUGGGUGGUAUUCCCCAAUCUAAGACGAAUUUUGCACCAUUUGAGGAGCUAGCAAACGCGGCAGUGGCUGCACAAAACGGGAGUGAUUCUUCUAACAACCCCAGGGGAAAUGUAGCCGCAUCAGCGACUAUUCCAGAACCUCCCACCCUUCCGCCCCUCACUAUGCUACCAACCGAGGCGGUGGCCAAGAAGACACCAUCCGGUGCUUCUCAUAUUCAUUGGUUCGCGGAAGAUCCACAUACGACAACUGAUAGCUUCCAAAAGCGAUAUAACAACAGUUCUAUGGAACAGAAGAAGGAAUAUUUUACUGCUAGACAGAUAAACCUUGCGAAUUUAGCUAAUAGGCCUAAUGAUGUGUUAUCUUAUUUGAGUCCGGUUCGCGGGAACUCUAAAUCACCUAGUGUGUCACAACCACUGCCCCCGGCUUCAUUGCCCUGGGUUCAGACCUUCAAGACAGCUGAGGGGCCUAAAGAGCCGACUGGGUUGUUCCCUAAGGUCUGGGAAGAUCGGCAGCAAGAUUCACAAGCCCCAGCAAACAAGAGCGAUAAGCCGCCUGCGCCGUCUCCACCCCCGCCAACAGUUACUCCUCAAGCCAAGAGGCUACUUGAGGAUGCUGUGGCUGAGGGCGAAAAGUUUAGAGGACUUGAUAAGAGCACAUGGUGGUUGGGCGAUGAGGCAGAGAUCUCAAUCGACGAAACAAGUGAAAUGGUCUGGGAUGAUGAAUAUUGCAACGAUGAGGAUGGGGAAUAUGACGAAGAAGACGAGGAAGAGGAUGAAGAGGAAAACGGAAAUACACCCGAUGACAUCCCUGAACAAGAGAUGACUGAUGGGAUAGUAGAUUAUGAGGAAGAGGAUGAGGAAGAGGGUGAGGGUGAUGUGAUGGAGGAGGAGGAUGAUACUGACUCUCGUCAUCCUACAUGCACUUGGUUCGGCCAACGUAAGGCUUUCAACACGGGGUAUGAGCGUUUCCCUGUUCAUCAUCCCAAUGCGGGCAGAGGUGACUUUAGUAAAUCACGCGGCUUCUCUAUCAGUAAUCUUGUUCACGAAAACAAUGGCCCUCUCACGCCUCCUGGGCCCUUGAUGGUAGCAACUGCAUCAUCACCGCCGCCUGGCCCAUCUGCAAAUGGCCUGAUCAGCCCUCCCUCUACUGAGACCAAGAAGGAAAAGUCCGUAGCCGAUCUUCUCAAUCCCUCUUCUCCAUCUACCGGAUCUAAGCGCAAGCACUCUUUGCUUUCUGAUAUCACUCCCGAAGAGAAAUCUCAAGAGGAGGAGGAAGUCGCUCAUGAGAGCCCCGAAAACAUGGAUGAGACGGAUGACGAUGUUGAGGAAGAGGAUAAAAUGGAUAGCAUGACUAAGGUUUCCACCCAAGAGUUGGCCAUGCUCUUCCCGGGAAAGAAUGUUCAAGCCCUCGAAGAGGAAAUGGAGACAAUCACUUUGGAACCCGCCCUACCAACGCCUGAUGGAACAUCUGACGAGGAGGAGGCUAUUCAAGCUGGGGAAGAAGAGGAGCGUCCAAGGAAACGGGCCAGAACUACGAGGCCAAAGAAGCAGUUUGCAAAGCUCGCCGCUACCGCCCUUGCUGGAGCAAUUGUCGGGGGUGUCGGUGUGUUUGCAGCGUUGGUUGCUAGCGCCCCCUAAUUUUAGAUGUGGUGUCCCGAUGACUCUUUCCAUUCGUGAUCUCUUUCUCUAUUAAGGCGAUGGUGAUUUUCCUUUGUCACAUCACUUCCUCUUCAAACUCGGGGUGGCACAAUUGCUUGUUUUUCUGUUUUGGUUCUCUGUUUACUGUUGCGAGAAGUCUUUGAAUACGACCUUUAUCGCCUUACAUCACGUUAUGAGGAUCUCGCUCCUCGACUUUCCCGCGUUUCCUUUUGUCGUUCAUGUUUCAUGCCCACAGGCUGUAUCUUCCUUGUUCACGGUGGUCGAGGGUGGGGAUUAGCUAGUUGGUAUCGGCACGGUCAGGUGUAUCUUUGUCUUUUUGUAUCCUAUUCGACCCAUCAUCGCCUUACUCUCUAAAGCAAAUACUCACACACAAAGACACAUACUUUCACGGGAUUAUCUAUCCGGAGCGCUGUGGGCUGGAUCAGGGUUGGUCGGUGGGCUGGGGUGUCUAUGCUUUUGUCAAUUUUCCUUGGUAUCUUUCUCUUCCUCCCAAAUGGCGUGUAAAUGAAAAACGUGUAAGGGAAAUCAAUUAUUGGUCUGGGGAGAAGGGGGAUUUGGCUUUCAUUUUGAUUUUCCUUGGUUUUUCAUUUUUCCUUCUUUCCUCCGAAAUGUGGGCGAUUAACAUACGAUAUUACUGUCUGCUCUAACUUAGUUUACUAUGGCCCUCAUUUCAUUUGUUUCGUAUCGUAUCGUUUCGUCUUAUCUUAUUUUAUAGUGGGACUGGUUCGGCACAAUUUACAAGAAUUGAAAAUCG